GUGGCAGCGGCCAAAAUGAAGUUCAAUCCCUUUGUGACUUCUGACCGAAGCAAGAACUGUAAAAGGCAUUUCAAUGCACCUUCCCACGUUCGCAGGAAGAUUAUGUCUUCCCUUCUUUCCAAAGAGCUGAGACAGAAGUACAAUGUUCAAUCCAUGCCCAUUCGAAAAGAUAAUGAAGUUCAGGUUGUGCAGGGACACUAUAAAGGUCAGCAAAUUGACAAAGUAGUCCAGGUUUACAGGAAGAAAUAUGUCAUCUACAUUGAACGGGUGCAGCGGGAAAAGGCUAAUGGCACAACUGUCCAUGUGGGCAUUCACCCCAGCAAGGUGGUUAUCACUAGGCUAAAACUGGACAAAGACCAAAAAAAGAUCCUUGAAUGGAAAACCAAAUCUUGCCAAGUAGGAAAGGAAAAGGGCAAAUAUAAGGAAGAAACAAUUGAGAAGAUGCAGGAAUAA